AUGUCGAAUUCCGACGUCGGGGCGAGCAACGGCGUCAAUAACGGCGCGAUAAUCGAGGUCCAGCAGGGGCAGCAGCCGAUGGCGCUGGCGACGGUGAAUAACGGCACUAACGGCGGGAAAAAAGGCGACGGCGGCAAUAACGGCGCGCUGGUGGUUAAGAAGCCGCCGUCAAAGGACCGUCACAGCAAGGUCGACGGCCGAGGACGGCGCAUACGCAUGCCGAUCAUCUGCGCCGCCAGGGUUUUCCAGCUCACGCGCGAGCUCGGCCACAAGUCCGACGGCCAGACUAUCGAAUGGCUCCUCCGCCAGGCAGAGCCCUCCAUAAUCGCCGCCACCGGGACGGGGACAACUCCGGCCAGCUUCUCCACCGUCUCCGUCUCCGUCCGCGGCGGAGCCAGGUCGUCUCUCGCCGCCUCCACGACUUCCUCCUCCGUCUCGCUCGAACACAAGCCCCUUCUCGGACCCACGCCGUUCAUCCUCGGGAAGCGCCUCAGGCCCGAUGAAGGCGGAGUUAAGGACGGAAGCGAUGGAAACGACGGCGUUUCAGUGGUUGGAGGCACCGCCAUGGGGUCGAUGGUCGGUUCGGCGGCGCCGGCGGGAGGAUUCUGGGCGCCGCACUUCGGGCAAGUCUGGAGCUUCGCUGCGGCGGCGGCUCCGCCGGAGAUGGUGGCGCAGCCGAGCGUGUCGCAGCACCAGCAUGCGGCGACGUCGCUGUUCGUGCAGCAGCAGGCGAUGGGAGAGGCGUCGGCGGCGAGAUUGGGGAAUUACCUUCCCGGACAUCUGAAUUUGCUAGCGUCCUUGUCGGGUGGGCCCGGGAGCUCCGGUAGGAGGGAAGACGAUCCUCGUUGAGUGAGAAUUUAGGGUUUUUCGGGUGGUCGUUGACGGCGGGGGGGUUUAAUUCCCUUAGUAUAUAUAGAUAUGUGUAUUGCUUAUAUCGCUUCUCGUGUGCUGGGGUUUGAGACGGAUUUUUCUUCUUCUCUUCUUCUUCUUCUUCUUUUUCAUGGUUCUUAGGGUUAGAGUUGGAGAAAUUAGAGGUCGGCUGCCGAAAUUUGGGGGGAAUUUAAGAAGCGACGUAUGUGAAUUGAAUUGCAUUUAAUUUAGGGUUUUAGGGAUCAAAAUUGUUUUUUUUUUUUUUUUUUAAUUAGGAUUUUUGAGGGGGUUUGUUUGGAAAGAAGAGAAAGGAAAGGGAGUGAAGAUAAUUUGGAUUCUGGUUGAAGAUUUCACUGUUGUUGUCGGAAGGGUUUCUCUUUUUCAUCUUUUUCUUUUCCCCGGAGAAUUCCAAGCCUCAAAGACAUUUGGAAUUUUCAUCAAGUUGAAGUAAUUAUAUGAGAAUAUCAGCUAGCGCAGAAGAUUGUGACAAUUGAAGUGAUCAUAGUAGUAAUUACUGCAAGGCUCUUUGGUUGAGCUGAGCAAUUGGAGAUUUUGAAGAUUAUUAGGUGUUAUUGUUAUUGUUGUUAGUGGUUUUGAAGAUAAGCCGUUUGUGGAAAUGUCUCUUCCACAAAUGGGGGGGUGUGCGUGCAAAGCUUUUUGGUUGUUGCAGAAAUAUCCACAUGCUGAAGAAAUUGGAGUUUUUCACGUGUGGUUGUGCUUGGUUUUCAUUUCUACGCCCAAAAAGUUCCAAAAAAAAAAAAAAGUUGCAGAAAAAAUACCCUUCUUAGCAAAUUGCAAAUUGCAAAUGGUGAAUGGAAAAUCACAGCAGAAUUGGGACUGUUAUUAAAGAAAGAAGAUUGCUCAAUUAUCUUGACACGGUAAUUAAAGAAAGAAGAUUGCUCAAUUAUCUUGACACGGUACCGGAUUGCUUCUUUGCUCUCUCUCUCUCUCUCUCUCUCUCUCUGUCUUCCGCUUCCAUGCUCUAUGUUGUUGGUUCUAAUGAUAUUGAAAAAAAAAAAAAAAAAGGUGACUGGUGUGUGAAAGAUGAAAGAUAAAAGAAAAAUCUUUUAAUCCUCUCUGCGAGUCUUUCUUUUUUUUUUGGGGAAAUUUGAUCCGUAUUCUAUUAGCCAUUUCUUAGAAUUUAUCAGCGUGAGAAAUAAUAAUGUGUUUUCUUGUAUGUGAGUGGAUUGUUUUUGGGUGCAAUGUGGUGUGAAUAAAAAAAAAAAAAGAAAAAAAAAGCCCAUAUGUUUUUCUGAGUUCCUUGUUGUUUUUGUGCCAUUUCCAUUACUCAAUGUAUAUAUGAACUAAUUAUAUUUUGCAAGCCAUUCGUUUGAUCUGCAAUCCUCAUUUGGAGUCUGUUUAACUCGUUUGUACCCUAGUUGACUUAUUAUAUAGUGUGCAGAAUUUUU